UCUCAAACAAAAAAAUUUGCUAGCAAUCAAGUCAAGUUGAUCGAAAACUUUAAAAUAAAUUAUUUUAAUAUUUUGAAUUCUUUUAAAACUUAACUAAAAACAAACCUAAAACUUCAAAAUCUUCCCUAAAAUUCAAAUCAAAAGAAAAACCCAACUCCAAAUUGUGAUAUUUUAAUUAUUCUUAAAAAUAUUUACGUAAAAAAAGUGAUCCGAGAGAAAAGAACCAAGGAAGACAAAAAGAGAUACAAAAUACUAAAGAUUAUUGCUGCACGAAAGGAAUAGCAAGUAGUGCAAAGAACAAAAAGAAAUAAUAUAAAAAAAAAACUAUUUGUUUUGACAUUUUCUAAGUGCUUUGUGUUUGGAAAUCAAAGAAGCAGAAGUAGGAAAAAUAAUACGAAAAACACUGCAUUGUUUUUUCGAUAUUCGUCGCACUUUUUAUCAACUUUUCCUUUGAAUUCCAAUCAAGAUCAGCAUAAAUUUUGUCAACAAAUAACAAAUUUUACUCUUAACUGCGAUUUAAAAAAAUAACAAAUAUUUUAAAUAAAAAAAGUAUAAAAAAUAUAAAUACAGAAAAAUCUAAAAGAGGAGAGAAGGAAAAGAAGAAACACCCAAUCUUAAAAUUGUCAUAACAAUAAUUGAACCUUUUGUUAUUCUGUUUUAAUUGUUGUGAUUGGGAGAUUCUACUGUAAAUUUUGUUCUUGAUUUUUGCAUCUUGAGAUUUACAUUGUCUUUUUUUUUAUUGUUAUUAUUAUAAUUUUUGUUUCAUUGCUCUUACUUAUCACCAACCACUGAAUCGGGUUCUGUUUUAACAAAUUGAAUUAUUGUGUUUUGGAUUCAUAGAGCAUCGACUUCUAGCAUUGACCUUGACAAAACAAUAAACAUUCAAAUAAAGCAUCUAAUUUUCACAACACGUAGAAAUUCGACUCGGAAGUAAUUUAAUACAAAAAAACAACAACAGCCAAAACAUGAGCCUCCUAGGCAGACCGGACAUAGAUUCUGGGGAACUCUUUGUCAAUUUCAAUCAGAACAUCACAUCCCUGGCAGUAGCUACAAAAUCCGGAUAUAGUCUCUAUAGCUUUGGCAGCAUCGAUUCAACUUUGGACAAAAUCUACAGCUGUCAGUCGGAAGAAAUUUUUCUUAUUGAGCGUCUUUUCGAAAGCUCUUUAGUUGCCAUUGUAUCACUAAAAGCACCCCGAAAGCUUAAGGUAUGCCAUUUCAAGAAACAAAGCGAAAUCUGCAAUUAUUCAUACUCGAACACCAUUCUGGCAGUAAAACUCAACCGUGAACGACUCGUUGUUUGCUUAGAAGAAAGUCUCUAUAUUCACAAUAUUCAAGAUAUGAAAGUUGUUCACACAAUUCGCGAUACCCCAUCCAAUACAACCGGACUAUGUGCACUCUCCUCAUCAUCGGAUCACUGUUAUCUUGCUUACCCGGGAAGUGUGACUUCAGGUGAAGUGCAAAUAUUCGAUGCCAUCAACUUACAUGCCAAAACCAUGAUUCCUGCUCACGAUACGCCAUUGGCAGCCAUAGCAUUUAGUCCAUCUGGCACGGAAAUUGCAACGGCCAGUGAACGUGGCACUGUGAUUCGGGUAUUCUCGUCUCUGGAUGGUAGCAAACUUUUCGAAUUGCGUCGUGGCCUCAAACGUUGCGUGUCCAUUGCGUCCCUAUCAUUCAGUACUUGUUCUGAAUACUUAGUUUCCAGCUCAAAUACUGAGACUGUUCAUAUAUUCCGUUUAGAUCGAAGUGUAGCCGAGAACGAAAGUAAGCAAUCAAGUGACGAUUGGAUGGGUUAUACGCUUUUCAGAUUUUUAAGCAAAACCGUCACCAGCUACUUGCCAACACAGGUUACGAAUGUUUUUAGCCAGGGUAGAGCAUUUGCAUCAAUAACACUGCCUGAGGCUGGUGUAAGAAGAAUUUGUGCGAUAGCUACAAUUCAAAAACAACUAAGACUCAUGGUGGCUUCCCAAGAUGGUUACUUAUAUGUUUAUUCCAUUCCUUCAAUUGAGGGUGGCGAGUGUCAACUUAUCAAGAAGCAUGAUCUUAGAAGUGUGGAGAGCUUCGCUGUUGAUGUUAAAGUUGAUAAUCCACCUGUAGUCGAAGAGACUAAACCAACCAACCCACCGCCAAUGUCCGGUCCUAGUUACGCAGCAGCCGUGAAGGGUGGAGGGGACGUUGAGAGUGCAUAGACCUCGUUUAUCACAUCCACUACGGUUAAUCUAGCGGAUUUCUUCAGCUCUUUAUAAUUUCUUUUUAAUUUCAUUUUGUUAUCGUUCAAUAUGAUUGCUCUUUUUUCCAACAAAAAAAAAUGUGGAGGAAUGUGUUUUAUUUUGUGUGUUAGUUUUAACUUUUAAAUUAAGUUUAAAUUUGAGAGUCGACAAAUAUUUAAUAUAAAUUUAUGAUACAUUUUAAAAACCUGUAUAUCUCAAUCAAUUGAUUAUUCUUAGUCUGAAAUCCCACAACAAGAUUAGCAUACGCAUCUAACUAUUCCAACCUAAUUAAUACUAGCUUCCAAAAAUUUAAACUAAACAAAUAAAAGAAAAACACACUUCUACAGAUAUAGUGGGUUCUAAAAAUGACCAGUCGUUUAACGUGACUUUUUUCACAAUUUUUUGAAAAUGUAAACAUAAAUUUGAUAAGAAAAAAGUCAAACGUGUUAAAAUUCGGUAUAGUUUUUCACAGUGAAAAUUCAAUGUGGGUCAGUGGCAUUAUUUGUUUUGUUGAAAAGGUUGAAGUGUUAACCUUGCUGCAGGAUUUCAGGCUAUUAUAGUGUUGUUCUACUAUGUUUAUUUAGUUUUUUGUAUUAAAUUAAGUUUGCAUUCGAAAUAAAAUUUAAAAAAAAAACGGUAAAGAAGAAGUUUAAGACAAUGGAACGAUCAUAUCUGAAAUAGAAUAUAAAUGAAAGUUUUUUAAUUUUUAAAGAAAACUUAAUUUUUACACAUUUUAAAAUUAUUAUAUACAUCCAGAUACUUACAUGCAUACAUAUUUUCCAAUCAUUAUUCUUCUAUCACUUUAAUACAAUUAAAUCAAACAAAAAUUAAUAAAUGAUAAGAUGUCAACUCGACAAACUCACUCACACUCAACACACAAUUUUACUGCGGAGUUUGUUUAAUAACUUCACACAGAAAAUUGUGGAAAAAAAAAGAAAACAAUUUCAAAAAUUAAAUACAACAUUCUUUAAGAAAAUAAUGAAUCCCAUUUGUUAAAACAAAAAAAAAACAUAAGAAUUGAAUGAACAAAACAAUUAUUAGGUAUAUAAUGUAAACUGUAGUUAUUUAAAAUAAUAAUCGUUGUUUAUACAUACUUUUAUUAAAAUUGCAUUGGAAAAAUUUAUAUUUUGCUUCGAGUAAUAUAACAAAAAAAAAAACAAGUAGAACAAAAAUAUAGUAAUAUUAUUUUAAAAAUUACAAGGACCUUUUAUGUGAGAACUUUCUGGGCUUUUCGGAUCGAGAAUCUAUUUUUUGUACAAAGAAAAUAAAAAAAACAUAAACUAU